AUGAUAACUCAUGCAGCUCAGGAGAGCGCAGGCGAAGCCGCACGUCGGCUUCCUGCGGUGUGGGCUUUCAAGCAUCUUGCCCACCCCACGCGACUCCUGAGGGUAAACCAAAAUUCCUGUCCACCAACAGAAGCUCCCAGUGCACGCACUGUGGUCUGUGGGCCGCGAAAUAGAUGUGGGGUUACUUUAUGGGCAACUCCACCAAUCGAUGCUCUGUGCACCAGCAGCCGUACAGCCCAGCUUUCGGCAGCAGUGCAACGAGGGCGUCAAGCUCAGCCACAUUGGCCAAUCACGUUCAUGCCACCAUGCGUGCCUCGAGCAGCUGGUACAAGUCCGGCACGAAAUGAGAUUGUCAAAGGCUCCUCGCUUCUUUCAAUCCCAGAAGAAGCUACCGCUCAACAAGCCACUAACGAUGCCGUGGACUUUACGGCUGAUUGGCGUUAUGUGAAGCUAUCGUUGAUCGUGCUCUGUGUAGAACCCAGAUCUACAUUCGGUGCAUCUCGCCCUCGCCUCCCGGUACAUCGGCCAUUGGUGAGAGGUGUAAUUCCCGCUGAGGCGCAAUUUGUUUCUUGGGAUGCUCCCAUCCAACCUUCACACCCCAAGUCCCUCACCGUUGCUCUCAUCGGUCCUCCAAAUGCUGGGAAGAGCUCUUUGCUAAAUGCAUUUCUCGGCGUUACUGUUUCGGCUGUAUCCAACAAAGUGAACACAACUAGAACAGACUUCCGUGGAAUGGUGACGAAGGGAAAUAACCAACUCAUAUUCGUCGAUGCCCCAGGCAUCAUUGAAUCUCAUCCGAAAAAGACAUUUUGCAGGGAUCUUGUGAAUGCCGCAUGGCGGGGCUAUGAAGACGCCGACUUGGGCAUUCUCGUUGUGGAUACGGUCAAGCGUCCCACGCAGAAUAUUUUCAAUGUAGUUCGCGCAAUUGCGCCGAAGCCGUCUCUUGCGCUAUCCGGAUUUCAGCACUCUGCGCGCUCACGCGAGGAGCCGACCAGUGUGGUCGCAUGUUCUCCAUCGUUAUAUGAGAUGCGGGAGGCCGGAAUUUCGGGAACUUUGAGGCAGCGAUUGGCCCUUGACAGCAGCUAUGCUGAGGUGGAUGGCGGCGCACGCACAAUACCCAUUAUUUUAUGCCUCAACAAGAUUGAUCUGGCAUCGCAUCCAAGAUGGAUUUAUGCCCGCGAAAAAGAAUUUGGGUCCCACGGACAUUUUCAGAGGGCAUUUCACGUUUCUGCUAAAUAUAGACGGGGGACAGAGUUGCUCAUGGAUUACCUCUUCAACCAGGCUGUCUCGCGACCCUGGACGUAUCCUUCAGAUAUGCGGACAAGCCUGUCAAAGGUACAACAAGUUGAGGAACUAAUACGGACAUACUUGUUUUGCUGGUUCAACAAAGAUGUCCCUUAUCGUGUGACACAAGAAACAGUUGGAUGGGCUACCCAAGAAGAUGGCUCGGUGGUGAUUGAGCAGGAGCUGCUAGUGAAGAGCGACCAAGUGGCGAAGAUGAUCUGUGGGAUUAGGGGACGCAUUCUUUUGCAAAUGCGGAAGAACGUCACCUACAAGCUUGAACAGUUAUGGGGACACAAAGUGUUUUUGUACAUCCACGUAAAGGUAGCAAAGGGUUGA